GAAUAACUUCGGUCGUACCGGCCAAACCCGCAGAAACUUUGACCACAGCCACUAUAUAUUACUCCGACACAGGCCACAGGUAAUGAAAUUCUCUUCAUUUCAAAUUCCUAUAUCUUCAAUGGAAGUUGAAACUCACGCUCUCUCCAGUUUUGAUCUCAUGAACUCCCCGUCUCCUCCUAUUAACUCCAUUUUAGACACGUCGUCCGCUGAUAAUAAUGGCCGGAAAUGCCAGUGGCCUGACUCCGUCGUCGGAGGUGGGAUUCCAGUGGAUAAGACGACGACGCAAGCGGCUAUGACAGUGCAGAAGGUUUACAGGAGUUAUCGCACCCGGCGCAUGUUAGCAGACUCUGCUUUGGUUGCUGAAGAGCUCUGGUGGCAAGCGAUAGAUUAUGCUCGAUUAAACCACAGUACAAUUUCUUUCUUCAAUUUUCCGACACCGGAGACGGCGGCUUCUCGGUGGAAUCGCAUCACUUUAAAUGCUUCCAAGGUUGGAAAGGGAUUAUCCAGAGAUGGAAAAGCUCAGAAAUUAGCUUUUCAGCACUGGAUUAAGGCUAUUGACCCACGCCACCGAUAUGGACAUAGCUUGCAUAUGUACUAUGAGGAGUGGUGUAAAACUGAUGCUGGUCAGCCCUUCUUCUAUUGGUUGGAUCUUGGAGAUGGCAAAAAGGUUGAUCUCAAAGAAUGUCCAAGAUCAAAGCUUCAGAAACAGUGUAUUAAGUAUCUUGGACCACAAGAGAGAGAACAUUAUGAAUAUAUAGUGGCUGAAGGGAAAAUUGUGCAUAAACAAACAGGAAAUCAUCUUGAUACAACCAAUGGGUUGCCGGAGGCAAAAUGGAUUUUUGUAAUGAGCACCUCAAAAAAACUCUAUGCUGGCGAGAAGAAGAGAGGAAUAUUUCAUCAUUCCAGCUUUCUUGCUGGUGGGGCUACUUUAGCUGCUGGAAGACUAGGGGUAACGGAUGGGAUACUUAAGUCUAUUUCAGCAUAUAGUGGGCAUUAUAGGCCAAAUGAUGAUAGUCUUGACAGCCUUUUAUCAUUUCUCAAGGAAAAUGGAGUUAACCUAGAUGAGGUUAAGAUAAGAAAGGUAAAAGAAGACGAUGAGAGCAAUGUAGAGGGACAGUCAUAUGAGAGUCACUCUGUGUCUGAACUUUCAACUGUAUCAUAUUCCCCUCUUCAAGUUGAUGAUCCGAUGGAAGAGGAAAAGGACCUUUCCUCGGAAUUAAUGAGAAGUCCGCGAGCUCAAGAGACAAGUAGCUAUAAGAGAACACUCUCGGGUGGUCUUGAGAGCCCAAGAGCAGAGGUGCCAACGACUGCAAUACUGCAAAGGAUCAACUCAAAGAAGUCUGCAAAGUCGUAUCAACUGGGUCAUCAACUCUCCCUGGCAUGGUCAACGGGUGCUGGUCCAAGAAUUGGCUGCAUUGCUGACUACCCUGCUGAACUAAGGCAGCAGGCCUUGGAACUGACUAACCUCUCACCUAGACCUUGUUCUGCAUCAUCAACUCCAAGGCCGAUUGAUGAUAUUGUAUCACCUACUUGUCCUUCACCAGUUCUUUGCAAUGGUGAUGUAACACGCACCUGAACCGAGGUUUCUUUAGAGCAUAAUUAGUCAUUUUUCAUCCUUUGUGCGAGCAAGCUGUAGUGAGCGGAAAUGUAUUCUUCUGCGUACUCUCUUGGCAGUUAUCAGCAGUAGUUACUUCAUUUCAUCCUCCCACGCUCUUCCUGUUUA